GCUGGGGGUCCCACCCAGAAGGCCUGGACCACAGGUUCCCCAUGCCUGUGCUAGAGGUAGCAAGACGUUGUAACCUGUGCCCGAAACGACCUGCUUGGAAUGAAACCUCCGGCGGCACGCGUCUCGGCAAAAGCGAAUUCUCCAAUACCUUCCGCGGUACAUGCCUGGCGCAAAAUGCACGAGGCUCCGGCAACCCGGCGUCCACCGGAAAAGAUGCCCGCUCCGCCCCGACGCUUGGCAGAAGAGGAGGAGGAGCUUCUGCGUCGGCUGGCCUCAUUGGCGCUGGAGCCGAGCGAUGGCGGCUGCACGCACUGCAAGCGGGAAGGGGCUGCUGCUGCAGCUGCUGCGAAAAGAGGCGGCUUUGCCGACGGUCCCGUCCUUCGCCUUCGUUCCUCGUCGGCACCGACACGCGCAAAAGAAGAAAUGGGCAUCCACCACUCCUCGCGUGCCUUGCACCAGACGGGCUCUGCGGGUCUUCGACAUGACCUAUGGUGUGCAGUUUGGCAGCCUCUGGCCCUCGAUCCGCAUCGGUCUUCUCUCGGAGCAAAAAUAUGGAGCUCUUAUCAACAAUUACUGUGACGCACAGAAGGUCACCCAGGAACUGGAAGAAAUGCAGGCAGCGGAUUUCAUCUGGGAAUCUGGAAAAGUAGAGCAGGACCUGGAUUCUGCAGUUGAGCAAGGUGCCAGUGAGCCUGACUCAUCCUCAGAAACUCAGACUGAACCCUCUGAGCCCCAAGCGCAACCUCCUCAUUCUCCUUUCAUAUCCAUCAGUCCCAACAUAAAAUGUUACACAUUCCCCAAAGGAGAUAUCAGCCUUUUUCAUCCAGCCAGACCAGACAUGUUAGGAGUUCUGGGCUAUUAUCUUCUGGAUGCUGCAUCCAUCUUGCCCGUCUUGGCUCUCAAUGUGCAGCCUGGCAACCUGGUCCUUGACCUUUGCGCAGCACCAGGUGGAAAGAUGCUGGCCCUUCUACAGACUGGAUGUUGUCGACAGCUGGCCGCCAAUGACCUCUCUGUUUCCCGCACUCGUCGGCUGCAUCAAAUUCUCCAUAGCUACCUUCCGGAAGAGCUCAGCGAGAUAGUGAGGAUUACAUCAUGGGAUGGAAGGAAGUGGGGUGAACUGGAGAUGAAUACUUACGAUAGGGUGCUCGUGGAUGUACCAUGCACAAAUGACCGUCACUCAGUCGUAGAAGAGGACAACAAUAUGUUCAAUCAAAUGAGAAAGGGGGAGCGUCAGAUGUUGCCAAUGCUCCAGGUGGAGCUGCUUGUGGCUGGGAUACUUGCUGCCAAGCCAGGGGGAGACGUCGUGUACUCAACAUGCUCCUUGUCUCAGCUCCAGAAUGAGUACGUGGUUGAGAGAGCUGUGGAGCUACUAGCAAUCCAACAUGACAUUAGCAUCCAGGUUGAAGACUUGAGCUGUUUUCGAAAGCGGUUCCAGAACACAUUUUCAUUCUAUCCUGACUGCAGACUUGGGGAACUCAUCCUUCCCCAUCUCACAGCUAACUUUGGACCCAUGUAUUUUUGCAAAUUGCACAGAUUGAAUUAGAAUGGGCAUGGCACAGCACGAAAAGUGACCUGGGAUAUUUCCAACUUCCCUUUGACACCUGUCUUUUUGAAUAAAGACUAUGCUGCAGCUUGCAAUAAAAAACAGCAUUUUGCUUAAUUGACCCCACACCUGUGUGCAAUUAAAAAAAACCCCACAUUAAUCACUGUAGUUGCUACCAAACAAACUCUUCACUCCACAGUUGGGUGGAAGUCAUGUGUACAUGCCUUUGAUGUGUGCAACUAUCAUUGAAUACCACUCAUGAUUUCUGUCAAGUAUAUUGGCUGAAUAGGAAUUUUUUUUUUACAUAAGCCCAUAUGCUGCAAGUGGAAUGUCAGCCACUCAAGAGAUAGAAGAAUGUGAUCCCAAAAGCACAGAAUAAAAAAGUGCAAAAAUUGUAAA